UGGCCCCUCAGAGGAUGGAGGUGGCCCCUGUCAGUGACUGGCUCCCACAGUUAGGCCAGGAUACAGCUGCUCCUUUGUGCCUGGCUCUGGGGCAUCCCCCAGUGUUUCUCAGGGGGUUCCGAGAAGGGCUUGCCUCCUGCCUCCACUUCAGGGCUGCUGCUGUUCUCAGGGGACCUGGCAGCAGUGUGUCCCUUGCCCACAAGACUGGAUGGGUCGGCCUGGCAUGGCAUGGGUGAUGGCAGCUUGGUGUUUCCCUCCUUCCCCUCACACCUGGCCCAUCCUGUGGGGCCUUUCUGGUGCCCCUGUGUCCUUCCUGGGCAGAGGAGGGGUCCCUGGCUCUAGGGUAGCAGUCACCAGGAAGGUACUGGAGCUGGAGGGGGCCGGGACCUGGCUGCGCCUGUUCCCUCCACGCCCACAUCCCUGUGGUAGCACUCUGGGGGUGAUUCUUGCUGAUGCCCUGGGAGGAGUGGAGUGCCUCUCGGGGGCUGUGCCAGCCCUGGAUGGGGUCCAAAUCUGCCUUCAGCCCCUGGCAUAGCUCUCUCCUUUGUGCUCUUCUCACCAGGGGCUGUGCGGGGAGCCGGAGCCCCUCAGCCUGGGUGUGAAUGGAGGGUGCGGACAGGGCUGCUUGGUGCCGCCCUCGGGCUGGUGCCGGCCCUGGGGAGAUAAGGAAUCCUGGCAGGAAGGUGGUGGCCUGUGGAGCCGGGACACCCGCAGCCAGCAUGGCCGAGCGUCCCAGUGCUGAGCGUCCCGGCGUGGAGCCGCGGGUGCUUAUUACCCGGCGCAGGGGGUGCAGCAGUUCCCGGCGGGGGUCCCCGCUGCCCAGGUCAUUGUGAGCCAACAGCCACCGAUCCCCCCAAAACGAGAGCGCAAGACGAUCCGGAUACGAGACCCCAACCAAGGUGGCAAAGACAUCACUGAAGAAAUCAUGUCUGGAGCAAGGACCUCAUCCACCCCCACCCCUCCACAGGCUGGAAGCAGUUUGGAGCCCCAGGCCAACGGAGAGACCCCCCAUGUAGCAGUUAUUGUCCGGCCAGAUGAUCGCCCAAAGCCUGCGCUGGUGGCGAGCAAGCCCAUCUCCCCGGAGCCCAGCAAGUCGGCGUCCCCGUCGCCUCCCCCUCCCCUCAUCCCCGAGGUGGAGUCCGUGGUGCUCUCGGCUGUGACGCUGGUGCCAAUGGAGCCCCCCGUGGACGUGGACACUAAAGCAGAGCUGGGCGAGGCGCCGCCCGACCCCAAUAAGACGUUUAGCGCCAUCACUACAGUGCCAGGGGCUGUGGAUGUGCCCAUUGUGCCCUCGACCAACAUGAACACAGUAGUUGUGGAGGAGAAGGAGGAGGAGGUUGCCAUUCCCCUCCCGGAGCCCACCCCACAGGCACCUGUGCCCCCUGAGGUGCCACUGGUGCCCAUUGUGCCCCCAGUGCCAGCUGCAGCCCCAGUGCCAGCUGCGCCAUCACCACCGCCACCACCCGUCGUAACGCAGGCCCCCGAACUACUCGCCAAACCCGCCUCUCCCAGCCCCCCACCACCCCGGGAAGAGCCCUGCCCUGAGCCCACCGUCGAGCCCGCUGCCGGGGCCAAUGGGGUCUUAGAGGAGGUGCCUGAGCCGGUCCCUGAGGUGCCCGUGUGCCAGCCAGUGCUGGUGCCCACGCCAGCACCUGCGACCACCCUGGACUCCCCCAUCGUCCAGCCUGAAGAGCUGCCCCUGCCCAACGGGGUGGAGGGCACCGGGAAAGCAGAGCCGAGUGAGGAGCAACCUGAGUCAGACAGCCCCAUCUCAGAACCCGAGGAGCCAGCCCAGCCCGGCACCCCUGCCUCCCCCCCGGCAGAGGAGGAGGAAGAGGAGGAGGAGGAGGAAGAGGAGGAAGAGAGUGAAGGCCCUGGUGAGGCCACAGAGCGGAGCUCAAGCCCGGCCCCUGCCCCUUCGCAGACCUCGGAGGCGACUGCGCAAGUCGCCAUGUCGGUGCCAAAGAAGAAGCGAAGGAUGAAGGAGCUAAACAAGAAGGAGGCAGUAGGCGAUUUGCUGGAUGCCUUUAAAGAGUCUCAGAUCAGUGACAGUGCCUCGGAGACAGAGAACAAGCCCCCCAUGUCGACCGCUGCACAUGAAGUGGAGGAAGUGACCCCAGCUCGUCCACAGGAAGAGUCAGAGGAGACGUGGGAAGAGAAGGAGGACAAGCUGGCGCCAGAGAAGGGCAAAGCUGCUGACCAGAAGUACCGCUACAAGGAAGAGCAAUGGAAGCCACUGAACCCUGAGGAGAAGAAGCGAUAUGACCGUGAGUUCCUGCUGGGCUUCCAGUUCAUCUUUGCCAGUAUGCAGAAACCUGAGGGGCUGCCCCAGAUCACGGAUGUGGUGCUGGACAAGCCCUGUGUACCUUUGCAGGCCAACAAGACCCCACUGCGGGCGCUCGACCCCAUCCGCCUCAGUGGCAUGAACUGCAGCCCGGACUUCACCCCCUCCUUUGCCAACCUCGGCCGGCCUGUCAUGGGUAACCGGGGCCUGCCCUCAGGGUUAGGUCCUCGUCGCUCCCAGCAGAGCCAGAGGAAGGAACCUCGCAAAAUCAUUGCCACUGUGUCUCUCAAUGAGGAUGUCAAGCUGAACAAGGCUGAGAAGGCCUGGAAACCCAGCAGCAAGCGUGCCUCUGAGGAGGAGGAUCCUGAGAACAUCAAGACACAGGAACUGCUCCGCCGCGUCCGCAGCAUCCUCAACAAACUGACGCCCCAGAUGUUCCAGCAGCUGAUGAAGCAGGUGAUGGAGUUGUCCAUCGACACGGAGGAGCGGCUCAAGGGUGUCAUCGACCUCGUCUUUGAGAAGGCCAUCUCAGAGCCAAACUUCUCUGUUGCCUAUGCUAACAUGUGCCGUUGCCUUAUGGGGCUCAAAGUGCCCACCACAGACAAGCCCACGGUGACUGUGAACUUCCGCAAGCUGCUGCUCAACCGCUGUCAGAAGGAGUUUGAGAAGGACAAGGAUGAUGAUGAGAUCUUUGAGAAGCGACAGAAGGAGAUGGAUGAUGCCAGUGCUCCUGAGGAGAAGGCGCGCAUGAAGGACGAGCUGGAGGAGGCCCGGGACAAGGCCCGACGGCGAUCACUGGGCAACAUCAAGUUCAUUGGAGAGCUCUUCAAACUGAAGAUGUUGACAGAGGCCAUCAUGCAUGACUGUGUGGUGAAACUGCUCAAAAAUCAUGAUGAGGAGUCUCUUGAGUGCCUUUGCCGCCUGCUUACCACCAUUGGCAAGGACUUGGACUUUGAGAAGGCCAAGCCCAGGAUGGACCAGUACUUCAAUCAGAUGGAGAAGAUCAUCAAAGAGAAGAAGACAUCAUCCAGAAUCCGUUUCAUGCUACAGGAUGUGAUUGACCUCAGACGGAAUAGCUGGGUGCCACGGCGAGGAGACCAGGGCCCCAAAACAAUCGACCAGAUCCACAAGGAAGCAGAGAUGGAGGAGCAUCGGGAACACAUCAAAGUGCAGCAGCUCAUGUCAAAGGACAAAAGGAGAGGGCCUCCUGGGCCAUCCUCCAGUGGACGUGGGAGCUUGGUCGCAGACGAUGGCUGGAACACGGUGCCCAUCAGCAAGGGCAACCGGCCUAUUGACACCAGCCGGCUAACAAAGAUCACCAAGCCUGGAUCCAUUGACACCAACAACCAGCUCUUUGCACCGGGCGGGCGGCUGAGCUGGGGCAAGGGCAGCAGCGGAGGGUCUGGUGCGAAGCCUGCAGAUUCAGCAUCUGAUUCAGGGCGACCAGCCACGAGCACCUUGAACCGCUUCUCAGCGCUCCAGCAGUCGAGCCCUGCCGAGAGCCUGGAGUCCCGCCGUGUGGUGCAGAGGAGCAGCUCCAGCCGUGACAGGUCAGAGAAGGCUGGAGACAGAGGGGAACGGGAGUCACGUUCGGAGAAGGGCAGCGACCGCCUGGAGCGUCCCGACCGGGGGGAGCGGGCAGACAGGAACAGGUCUGCCAUCACCAAGAGGAGCUUCAGCAAAGAGACAGAGGACAGAAGCCGAGAACGGGAGAAGCAGGGCGGCCCUGAGGCUGUGCGCAAGGCUGCCAGCAUGACGGAGGAACGGGACCGGAGCCGAGAGCCCAUUAAGCAAGAGUCAGUACCUCCCACAGCAUCUACCAAGCCUGUGCUGUCAGAAGAGGAGCUGGAGAAGAAAUCUAAGGCAAUCAUAGAAGAGUACCUGCACAUCAAUGACAUGAAGGAGGCCCUGCAGUGUGUGCAGGAGCUGGGCAGCCCCUCCUCGCUCUACAUCUUCGUGCAGAACGGCAUUGAGUCCACGCUGGAGAGGAGCACCAUCUCCCGUGAGCACAUGGGGGUCCUGCUGUGCCAGCUGGUGAAGGCAGGCACGCUCUCCAAGGAGCAGUACUACAAAGGGCUGCGGGAGAUCCUGGAGAUCGCAGAAGACAUGGAGAUCGACAUCCCACACAUCUGGCAGUACCUGGCUGAGCUCAUCACCCCUAUACUGCAAGAGGAAGGCAUCCCUAUGGAGGAGCUGUUCAGGGAGAUAACAAAGCCCCUGGUGCCCAUUGGGAAGGCUCCCACGCUGCUGGUGGAGGUGCUGGGCUUGUUGUGCAAGGGCAUGGGCCAGAAGACCGUAGGCAAGCUGUGGCGGGACGGGGGCCUGAGCUGGAAGGAAUUCCUGCCUGAGGAUCAGGAUGUCAACAAAUUUGUCACAGAGCAGAAAUUGGAGUACACAGUGGGGGACAGCUCGGACACGCCGAGCCGCAAGGAGCUGACCUCGGAGGAGCUGUGCAAGCAAAUGGACAAACUGCUGAAGGAGAACCCGAACAACCAAAGAAUACACGACUGGAUCGAGGCCAACCUGAGUGAGCAGCAGGUCUCAUCCAACAUGUUUAUCAGGGCCCUCAUGACAUCUGUGUGCCACUCGGCCAUUGUCUUCGAGAACCCCUACCGUUUGGAUGCCCUGGUCAUCCACAACCAAGCCAAGCUGCUGCAGAAAUACCUGCGAGAUGAGCAGAAGGAGCUCCAGGCUCUCUAUGCCCUGCAAGCCUUGGUGGUGAAGUUAGACCAGCCUCCCAACCUGCUGCGGAUGUUCUUUGAUGCCCUGUAUGAUGAGGACGUUAUCAAGGAGGAGGCUUUCUACAAGUGGGAGUCCAGUAAAGACCCAGCUGAGCAGCAGGGCAAAGGGGUGGCUCUCAAAUCGGUGACAGCCUUUUUCACCUGGCUCCGGGAAGCUGAGGAUGAGUCGGACAACAACUGAGCAACUGUGAGGAAGAGGAACAGGAAGGGAGGAGAGAGAGCAGGGCACCCUGGGGAGCAGCUCCAUCCCCUCCCACUCCCAGGCCUCCCUGGACUUGCUGAUGCCGGGGCCAAGGGACCCACUGUGCCCCCAGAGCCCCCCUCUCUCUUUUCAGUUCUCUCCCUCCUCCUCCUGUCCUGGUUCUGUUCGCGAGGCCUGUACUAGUUAGUCACGAUGAUAAUAAAUGGAUGCUGAUGGAGGCAGCUCUCGCAGUGGGUCCCCUCAGGGCCCCUCCUCUCCCCGCUCCCAGUGCAGGCACCCUAGUUCUCUGGGAGUGGGGCAGAGCACCCCUGGACUCAAGUCACGGAGAGGGGGGAUAGGAUGGGGAAAGAAAUCUCUCCCCUCCUUUCCCCCCUCCUCUUCCUCCUCCCCACUUCUUGCUGAAAUAUAGAGAGAUUAUAUAUAUAUAAACUUAUUAAAUUUGGUUUGGGGACAGGAGCGUGAUUUCUCCCCCUCCCCUGUCCUCUCUCUACUCCUCCAUCACUGCCUGGACCGUCCCCCACCCUGCCCCAGUUUUUUUAUUUUAAAUAUAAAUCAUUCCCCCCCCAACUCCUGCUCUGACACCUGGGGAGGGUGCCGGGGAGGAGGGGGGGGGGGGUUUGACCCCUUCUGUCUGGGCCAGGCUGAGUCCCCUCCUCCCCCCCAUAGCCCCCAUCCUCUUCCCAAACAGGCCACAAUUGGGCAAGCGACGGGGCGGCCCUGCAUCCGCGUCCCCUGUAUUUAUAGAGCGCCGGAUGUGAUGAGCUGCACGUGUAAUUAUUAAAACAAGGAUUCAAUUACUGGUCACGUGAUUUUGUAAAUAAUUUUUUCUUUUUUUUUCUUUUUUUUUUUUCUUUAUGGAGUAUUUAAUUGAAGAUUUAAAGGCAUCUUUUCACCUUAAAACUGGAAAUAAAAGAACAUUGCUAAAUAA